AUGGCGGCAAGAUCACCAGCAGCAGGAAGAAGGUCAAGACUUUCUGCCGCCAUCACCCCAGAGCAGCCGCAGAAACUUCCUGAUGUUCAACAUGCAAUAGAAGGAGUUCAGUCUCAGGACAAGGCUCAGAACGGGCAGCCGCUUCAGCAGACAAGCAACAACACGGCGAUCGCCACUGAGAGCCAGCUGCAGGAGCUGCAGCAGAAACUGCAUCAGCUGCAGCAACAGCAGCAAACACUGCAAGUCCUAAUAAAACAGCAGCACCCAGUGCACCAGCCCAUGCCCUUAAGCGCAGCACGGCAGCCGCACCAACAACAACAGCAGCAGCAGCAGCACCAACAACAACAACAGCAGCAGCAGCAGCACCAACAACAACAACAGCAGCAGCAGCAGCAGCUUUUCCAGCAGGCGGGUCAGCCUGCGUUGCCGUCGGCGGCUUUAGUUGCUCUUUCAACUGCCGUUCGGCUUCCGCAGACGCAGCAACAGCAGCAGCAACAGCAGCAACAGCAGCAGCAGAGACUCCACCAGCAACAGCAGCAGCAGUUGAUGCAACAGCAGCAGCAGUUGAUGCAACAGCAGCAGCAGUUGAUCCAACAGCAGCAAGAUGCGCAACGGGAGCUGCGCCGCCAGCAACUGUGUCUCAUACAGCUGGAGCAGCAGAGGCUACAGGUAAAGGGCCGAAAGCUGACGAAUCAAGCAAGUGCACUGUUGCAACAAGAAAUCCCACAACAACAACCCCACGUGGUGGUGGUCCGUCGACCUGCAGGCGCAUGCGCCUUGGAUUUCCAGCAGCCCCAUGGCGAUGCAUGCACCGUCAACACCAUCACAGGGGCAGGAGAUGCAGCAGCUGCACCCUUGGCGGCGCGAUCUGACAGCACCACCUCCAUUUCUCGCAGGGGCUCCGCUUACAGGCGCAGUGCAGUUGGCUCUGCUGGUCAAUCAGCUGUUUGCAUAGAAGGGAUGUUAUUGCACAGCUCAGCCUUGAGGGGCGGCGUAUAUAGUCAUCAGAGGGAUGCUGGUGUACCUGCUGUAGCGGCUAGGCCUGCCCCUGCUCAUGCAGAAACCUCGAAUAGAUUUUUGUGUGUCUACUACUUGUUUUGA